AUGGCUGGCACACGUACUGUCCCUGACGACCUCAAAGUAGGUGCUCUCCUCCCGCGAGGACGAAGCAUCACCGGCAAAGUCACCACCUUUCAGUACCAUGACACCCCCAACAAACCCUCCUGCCUCCUCUUCACGGUCGAAACUCGAUCAAGUCAUCCUCCAAAUCCAAAUGGAAAUGGUCAUCCGAACAAGGCCCACGUAAUCAAACACGUCAUCCAACUCUACCCCUCCAAGUGGCAUCCCUACGGCGAGGCACCGCAGUCGAAGCGCGAGUGUAGUUCUGUCAAGAAACUGCUGUCCAAUGGUUACGACGAGCUCAAGGCGAUCGGAGGGGAGAAGGAAGCGACGGUUUUCAUGGUCGGAAGUCUCCAAGUCCGAAGCGUGCUGCAAACGCCCCGCGAAGGGGCUUCAGGGACGGAAUGGGCCGUGCUUUUGAGAGGGAUAGGGAGGAUGCAGAUAGUUAAACCUGGGAACAGGAAUGGGUAUAUCUUCAAGGACGAUCCGACACUACCUAUGGAGAGGUUCAACGCCACGGAAGCCCUUCACGUACCAUCUCGCUCACCUGCUAUUUCCGCCAAUGCUUCUGCUCUUCAAAUCACCUCGAACCCUACCGUCUCAACAGCCAAUGCGUCUCAAGCUUUGCCGACGAAGCGCGUCAGUGAAUGGGGCAUUCCAUCAGUAAAGAAAGUUAGAACAGAGCAGGACGGGCCGGCUGUCAGUGGGCCUUCGAGGUUGGGCAGCACCUCGACGUUACCGAACCCCCCGCCAAAUGUCAACACAAGGCCGGCCGGGGCACCUUUUCCUCCUGUCACCUACUCGGUCUCAAUGAGACCUGAAGGAUCAACGGCCGCUGCCGCUUCACCAUUGUUCGAGCUCCAUCCCGCCGAAGCCGAGAUCUCUGAGCGUCUACAAAAGGCUGGACUACCGGGACUACGAGAGCCGAUUCCUCAAUAUACCAAUCUCCAAAACCUGGUCAACGGCAGAAUGGUCAACAUCAUCGCAUACAUCCAUGAUUGCAACGUCGCCAAACCGGGCACGUCGUGGGAUUCCAACUUCACCAUACAUCUACUCGACGCCACUUCCAAACCCCAUCCCGACGACCCCACCGAGCGCUCAUUCACAAGCUGUACCCUCUUCCGGCCAAAAGUCUCCCAAUUUGACAUGUUCCAACGCGGCACCGUCCUCCUCUUGCGCAACGCUAUCGUCCAGCUCCAGCCCGACACAAGAGAUAUCUUCAAGCUCAAGGCAGCGUCCGGGGACGGGAAUGGAAAGGGUGCGGUGGUGUAUAAGGGCGAGGAUGAGUUUGUUUUUGAGGACAAGAAGCUUUUGGCACACGUCUCGGAGAUGGAGAAGGAAAGGAUGAAGGCGAUGUUCGAGUGGGGCAAGCGGUGCUUGACGCCACCCUCACAAAAGCCUGUGAUGGGCCAGGCUAUACAGCUCAAGCCGGAUUUUGCUACUGGCCCUACCACCAACGGUCCAUCCGCCUACAAAUCAAAGAAGAUGAGACCACUAUGCGAUAUCAAACCUGGCGAGUAUGCCGAUGCUACUGUCAAGAUCCUGCGCAAAGAAAUAGACUUCAAAACGACCGUCGAAUACUACUGCACCGACGGCACCGAAGCUCAACACGGCGGCUUUAAUCGCAACUAUCGCGGCCUCUUGUUCAACCUCCCCCACAACGCAGUCUACGUCAUCAACGUCCCAAACGCCAGCGAAGUGGGCGGAUUCGAGCACAUGGAAGACGGAAAUGUCGUGACGCUGGAGAAUGUGCAUGCGACGCGGCAUAGGAAGGAUGGGAGUAUUGUGUAUACUUGGGAGUGGAAAGAGGCGGGGGCAGAGGAUGAUCCGUUGAGGGCGAAGGUGGCUAAAUUGGAGAGAGGGGAGGUGGCGCGGGCGGUGGAGAGGAGAAUCGUAGCUCUGGGAGGUCAUGUGGUGGUGAAAGAGGAACCUAUCAGCACGAUCGAAAACACAGGCGCGGGUUCGACAGGCUCUGUUGAGGGAGAAGACUCUGGAACUAGUGACAGCUCUUCCUCGCGCGUUGCUGCUGCCUCUGCCCCUAUCCCUGUUUUGUCCGAGUAUCGACGCAAGAGGAUGAAGCCUCUCAGGGAUGCCGAUGUCCGGGAUUACAUCGAUGCCACAGUCGAGAUUCUCCACAUCGACCCCAUUUCCAAAGAGCUGUACGUAUCAGACGGUACUGUUGCCGACCGACCCUCCGGUGUUCCCAACCGUAAUUACAGCAACGCCACAUUUGGUCUACCACAUAACGCUGUCUAUGUUUUCGACAUUCCCGAUAGUCAUAGGGCUAUUUGGGGAGCUAGCAACUUACGGAUAGGCAACGUAGUUGGUCUGCCGAAUGUGAAUUGCCGAUUGCACCCAAGUGAUGCUUCGUUUGCGUUCUCGUGGGAGUGGAGAGAACAGGCAGUGCGGGGAAGGACCAUCGAAGCGAAGAGUGUGGAGCUGGUAACAGGGAACCGGGCGAAGAUCGUCAAAGACCGAAUUGCAGCGCUGAGGGAGCAGCACAAGCUGGCUCUUGGGGACGGAGCUCAGGGCGAUGAUGAACCGUUUUACAGAGGUGGUUCUAAACGCAAACGCAGACCGUUGCGAGAGAUCGAGGUGGGAGAUUACGUCGAUGCCACAGUCCAGAUCCUUGACAUCGACCAAGGCACAUUCGGGGAAGCUGUCCAGCUAUACGUCUCUGACGGCACCGAGGCCGACCGCGCCGAAAUCAGCCGCAACUACUUUGGCAAGACUUUUGGUCUUCCUCAUAAUGCUGUCUAUGUCAUCGAUGUCCACGAUCUGCAGGACGUUCAGGGAUCUGGACUUAUCAAGGCUGGAAGUGUAGUGACGUUGCCCAACGUGCAUUGCAAAGAUGGGUAUCGUUACUCUUGGGAGUGGAAAGCACAAGAAGUGCGAGGGGAGACUUACAGGGCGAAAAGCGUGAUGGGAGUAAUGGAACAUGAGGCGAGAAAUGUCCUACAAAGGAUCGCCUCGCUAAAAACUGGUAACCAGUAUCCUCCAGCCCAGAACUCCGCUCAAAACACUGCCGACCUUUCUCGAACGUCGAUACAUCAACCGUCAAACGCUGUAGCUGCUGCUACUCGAUAUAACGAUUCGAGUACCCACAUUCUCCCCCGAGACUGUUCUCCCGCCUUCCACACCCUCUUCCGCCACCCUUCCGAAUACCCCAUUUCCUCUCUUCGCCGCAUCGCGUCCACAAACAGCAAAAUUAACGAGACGCCGCCACGACGGACAAUAGCGUGGGCGGGCAAGAUAUAUGACCAAAAUGAAGAAGGCGGGAGUGUAUGUGUCUGGGCGUGGUGUAAGAGCUGCAAGCGGUGGAUUAAAAAUGCGGAAAGUGUUCUGAGGGAACAAGAGAAGACAGUGAAGGCUGUGGGAUGUAGAGAGUGUGGGGAAGGGGCGGUAGAGUGGAAGUAUAGGUUCUGGGUGACAUUGUGUGAAGGAGAUACUGAGCUGACUGUCUUUUGUGGGCACGAAGCUGAAUCGUAUCUGCCUUUCCUGCCCCCUUAUAAUCUCAGUACAAACCCCAAUGAUACUCGCCGUACCCUGUGUCGCUUUACCGAAAUAGACGCCGAAGUCAGAGACCUCAUCAUGGGGGUACCGAAGUUGGGUUCCGGCAAGCAGCAACGGGAUAGACCAUGGAUAGAUUGGACGGUGGAACCGUUUCGAGAGAGAAACGGAAGGGUGUCGGCGUGGGCGGUGUUUGGGAUGACCAGAGGGUGUUGA